GAGACUGAGAGAGAGAGAGAGUGAGUCCUGGUCUAGGCAUAUACGAAGACCGUGGGUCCUGCUACCCACUAGUGAAAGUACGAACUCGCCAAAUCAAGCAAGUCCACAAACCGUGUUGAGAAGUGCAGUGACAAAGAAAAGCCACUAUGAUCAGCAAUGCUUUGACGUGUGUAGUCCAAAUGAGGUUACGGACAACCGCAAGACUACUGGCGAAGAAAUACAGACUAAACCCGACUGGCAGAAGAGGUUUAGCAACGACGGUGCAUCUCGGAAACAAACACAUACAAAGCAGAGACGUCUGGGUGGAAGCCAGCCCUCGAGUCUGCUUACAUGAUGUUCAUACGGAGUUGAAAGCUGGCGGUUUGAAGCCCAACUCCCCAGUCACCCUACGCGCUGACCUCAUUGACGAACAUGGGAAGCACUUCUGCUCUCAUGCCCACUACAUCUCGGAUUCAAGUGGGAGAGUAGAUGUUACUCUGCAAGAGUCAGUGGGAGGAUCAUACACUGGAAUAUUCCCUGCUGGCCUUCUGACAACUCUGAAACCAGCAGCAGAUGAAUUUUCUUUUCUCAGACUAUGCAAAAGGAACCCUGAAACACCUUGGAAGAUAGACAUCAGCCUCAUAGACGGUCACAAGACGUUGCAUGAAGAAUCCAAUGCUCUUUCAACAGUGUGUCUUGAAAGGCACUUUAUUUCACCAGAUGUACAAAGAAUACCUAUACGGCAGGGAAGAGUUCGAGGUACUUUGUUUCUGCCAGGAGGGAAGGGUCCUUACCCUGGAGUCUUGGAUAUGUUUGGGGCUGUAGGAGGACUCCUAGAAUUCAGAUCUGCAUUACUGGCAUCAAGAGGGAUUGCUUCACUGGCUUUGGCGUAUUUUGGAUUUGAAGACCUUCCCAAGAGUACAGAGCACUUCGAACUAGAUUACUUUGAAGAAGCGAUAAACGUGCUUUUAUCUCAAGAAAAUGUUGUAAAAGACAGAUGUGGGAUUGUAGCUGUCAGUAAAUCAACGGACAUUUCAUUUGCUCUAGCUACGUGGGUGUCUCAGGUGAAAGCAGUGGUAUGCAUCAGUGGAACUCCUAUACCACUGGAUUCUACACUAUCUUACAGAGGAAAGACUUUAGUGGAAGGACUGAAAAUGGGUUUUGAACAUUUGAUGAUUGACGAAGAAGGGCGAAUUUAUCCGAAAAGAAAUCUCUACCUCGAGCACUUUACUCCAUUUCACCCACAAUUUAUCCCAAUUGAAAAAGCUGACGAUGGAACACAUUUUCUAGCAGUCGCAGGUGAUGACGAUGGAUGGUCCACAGACAUCCCUACACUGGGUGUCCAGCAACGAUUAGACGCAUUCGGCAAGACCAAUUACGAAGUCGUGAUUUAUCCAGGUGCCGGACAUUUGAUUGAACCUCCAUAUGGACCUUUAAUCUACCAAUCUUACCACCGAUACCUGCCUGUUACUGAUGAAGAGGGUAUGGAAAAGAUGAUUGGGCAACGCAUCCUGUGGGGAGGUCACGCAGAGGGCACGUGCAAAGCACAAGAAGAUUUAUGGCUUCGUAUGAGGAAGUUCAUCACCAGGCAUGUCCAGGAUGAAAGCCCCUGGUACCAGAAGCAUCUCCAGCAAAACAGUAAGCUGUAAAUAUUGUUAAUCAAGACUUACUUUCUGUUCAAGAAUGUCUUCCUUCCUAUGCACAUGAAAUGCAAGUCAUAAUUCAUCACCUAGGGGAGCACCCACACUGCAGUAAAACAUGUUAUGUCAUAAACACACGUCGGACACUUAUCACAAACUAUACUCUGUUUUUUUUCAUCUGUCCAUCCGCCUGUGGUGUUUGUAUGGUAACACUGCGUCCCGGGCUUUAGAUAGUUACGCUAUUUGUAAGUUUUAGGUAAAUGAAAGGAUAUCUGGGUGUACAUCUGCAACUGAAAAGUGUUUUAAUAAUUUACUGUAUGCGAAUUACACCGUUAAUAUUCGAAAUAGGAUAUUAUUAUAAUCGUUGAAUGUAAGCUGAAUGUAACUAUCUAAAGCCCGGGCCGCAGUGUUGCCAUACAAAAACACCACAGGCGGAUGGACAGAAGAAAAAAAACAGAGUAUAGUUACUAAGUCAACAACUGUAAAGUGGAGAAUGAAUCUUUGACUUGUAUGUAACCUGUUUAUAAUGAGUAUGUGCGACAAGUUGUCAUGUGUUUAUGACACUGUACUGCAUUAAUAAUGCACCCUAGCAUUACUGGUUUUAUUGCUAUGCAUCCGCAAGGUAGAAUCUUCCAAAUUCAUAAAUGUUAUCUCCUCCUAAAUAAAUAGGUUAGACUUGCCCUGGUUUUUGCC